AUGCAGACCACGAAGUUCAGGGAGUGCAAAAUUACUGCAAAUAUUUUUAGCCACUUUGAAGAUCCGUGCGGACCCAACGUCGUCCGCCGAAACAUGGUUGCGGAGUUUAUAUUGAGCCAGCAGCAGCUGCUGGGCGGGGCAGCCGCUUUGGGCCCAGUGCCCACACCAUCGCGAGUGCCGCCACCGCCGAGGGCGCGCCUCUCUGUCUCGCCACACUACCCCAUGGACCAGUCACCUUCGUCCAACGGGUCAGCCGAACACCAAGAAUUCGGCAACUCUUACGAUUUCUCUAAGCGAAAAGAGUUCUUCGGUCAGCGUAAACAACGAGAAUUUAUUCCCGACAACAAGAAGGAUGACGGAUACUGGGACCGCAGGCGGCGUAACAACGAAGCGGCCAAGCGUUCCCGGGAAAAGCGCCGUUUCAAUGACAUGGUUCUUGAACAACGUGUCGUCGAACUUUCCAAGGAAAACCACGUAUUGAAAGCUCAGUUAGAUGCCAUCAAGGAGAAAUAUGGAAUCUGUGGAGAAACCCUGAUCAGUAUCGACCAAGUCUUAGCCACAUUACCCACAUGCGAUCAGCGGGCGCCUGAACCUUACCAGGAAAGACUGCCGGCCUCCGAGGCUUACUACCCACAUCCAGCCCAUUAUGAACCUCCCGGUUCCGUUCUCAAUCUCUCAAGAUCUCGCCGUGCCCCAUCUCCCUAUGAAUUAUCCUCGCUCUCUGGUUCCGGAGACGAGACCGGCGAACAGUACGCCCCAGAAUACAACGGUCUACCGCUAAAAUUACGCCACAAAUCACACCUCGGAGACAAGGACGUCGCCAGCGCUCUUCUGUCCCUCCAACAUAUCAAGCAAGAGCCGGGCCCCCGUUCGUCACCUUCGUGGGACGGGGAAGGCUCGAGCGACGAGAGGGACUCUGGGAUCUCAUUGGGAGUGGAGUACAGGCCGCAGCGGCCCGUCAGCGACGAGAGGCUAGCGGAGGAGGAAGACGCGCACCUCAAGGCGGAACUGGCGAGAAUUGCGACCGAGGUAGCAACACUUAAGAACAUGCUACAUCAGAACAAGACGCGCGCCCUGGAGCACUAA